AUGUCUUCAUUUUUAACAAAAGAGGGCGAUAUCAACUUCGAUGUGAAACCUUUUUCUUAUGUAUUUUCUUUUUCUCUGUCUUUACAGGGUGCACAUGACGACUCAGCAAAUUAUAUCCAUGGUGAGCAUCAUCAUUCCGUCAUCAGAAAAGGCAUCAGACAGAAGAACGAAAACGCGAAAGAUGGUCUGGUCUCUAACGUCACAUCGCCAAACGAUGUCUUCUGUUCAGUUCCGGGUCGUCUCUCCCUGCUCAGCUCAACGUCCAAAUACAAGGUCACCGUAGCGGAAGUACAACGUCGUUUAUCGCCGCCAGAAUGUCUCAACGCGUCACUGUUAGGCGGCGUCCUAAGGAGAGCAAAAUCAAAGAAUGGUGGUCGAUAUCUCCGGGAGAGGCUGGAGAAGAUCGGCCUUAAUUUACCGGCAGGAAGGCGAAAAGCUGCAAACGUCACCUUAUUUACCUCACUAGUAGAAGGCGAGGCGAUACAUUUAGCUCGCGAUUUCGGUUACGUGUGCGAGACAGAAUUCCCUGCCCGGCAGGUCUCUGAGUACGUCCUGAGACAACACUCCGACCCUUCGGAGAUUCAGACACGAAGACAAAUGGUGCUAGCGGCCAAACAAAUUACAAAAGAGCUGCAGGACGUGCUAUGCCAGGAUCGUACACCCAUCGGUAACACACGACCGCAGCCCAUCCUUGAGCCGUCCAUUCAGCGCUGUCUCACGCACUUUAGCCUCAUCUCACACGGCUUCGGCACGCCGGCCCUGUCGGCCUCCUUCGCCACCCUGCAGAAUGUCCUGACCGAGAUGCUUAAGUACAUUGAGAAGGCGUUUCCCAACAGUAUUCCACCACACCCCACCGCACCCAGCUCCGGUGGCAACGUCGUCAACAAAAUGGACGGCAGCCCAUCGAAAGGCGACGAUAAAAACGACAAUCGCGGCAAGGACAUUGUAUGAGGAAGGAUUUUCCGUCGAACAAAAAAAGAAAUCGCGAAGAGGCCAAUCGCUUCCCAGACGUGGACACAUUUUAGAAACAAUUUGGACACCUAUGUCACGUGACCUGGAGUGGCGCACAGGAGCUGACGGUGCCAAAGAUGUUCAAAGGACUAUCUUCUCUUUGCAGCAAUGUGCUGAGUGGUUUUUACAACAGUUUCGGAGGCAGGGUUAAAUACAUUUUACAUUUAACAAAAUUAAGAAGGAAAAUUAAAUGUGUUUAUAUAUAGUGUAUGAAAGAUGUCAGAGAAAUUUGUUUGAUGGAUUUUUGAAAAAAGAUAGAAGAUUGUUGCUGUUGUUUUUCAUUUUUGGUUGACUGCCCACCCUCCCUGUACAAAGGUUAUUUGAUAUGGUAUAAUGUACAUAGAUGUCAUUCCUAUGGUGGUCGUUUAAUGGCUUGCCUAUGGUAGUAAAUACAAAGACAAUCGCGGACAAGUGCAAAUCUGAAGAUUUAAGGGGGCGGAAGGAGGUCGCAGUUUUAUUUGCCUGUGGUGUUCCGUGUUAGCAUGCGUUGCGCUAGCGGGCUUAAGCCCUUCUUCACCGUAGCUCCAUUCGACCAUGUGCUGAUCUUACGUUGUUCAUGGACUCUGAGAAUGUACGGGUUAAUUGGAAAGCUACAGCACACUGCUAGCUGAAUUCGCUUAAACAACUCAACCCUGGAAACCUAAACCAGGAUAUCGACAAUCAAACAAGGUAGUUUUUAAGUUUUAUUUUCAUAUUGUGCUUAUUUCACGUCCAGAUACCCAACCCACCGAGAGCUUUAUGCUCACAAACGUCUACCCAAAGAUCAAAUAGAAAAAGAACUUUGUUACAAGUGCUUUAUUAUGAUUACUGUAACAAUUAAAUAGGUGUAAACACGAUCGCAUUGACUUUCGAUAAAUCAACUCAAAGCAAUCGUAGAAUCCAUGCCCACCAUCAGUUAAUAUUCGAAGAUUGAUAUGACGUAUAACGUAACCCUAAUGAAUUUUAUUAGGGUAGUGAAAUUGCAUUUGAGUUGAUUUCUCGAAAAAUCUUAGCGAUUUUGUUUAAACAGAUAUAUGAUACAAUUCAUUACUGAGAAUAAUCCGUGAAUCUGUGACAUGAAAACACGCUCGGGUAAAUUGUUAGUACAAACCAGUGGUUGCCCACCUAUUUAUGUGCCAAAAAAAGAAAGUAUUGUAUUCGUGUUAUAUGACAGGAUUGUGUUUACAUUGUUUAUGAAAUUAUCAAACUAUUUUGCAGAAGCGUGACAAUCAUUUUGCUCUUAUAUAAGCAUUUCAAAGUUGUAUUCACCGGGAACAGGAAAUACCAUGCUAUGGAUUUUAUCAUGAAGAGUAGAUAAUUAUGUCGAAGUAGUGUGAAUUUAUAUUGUUAUAAUGAACGAGGUAUACACAAGAAGAGAAAAAACAGACGCGAAAUCAAAAACCAUUUGAUUAACGAGAAGACAAUAACAGCAAGUUGGACUCAAAGAUGUGUCUUUUUAAAUAAUGUUAUGUUAACUUCAGCUCUUGACAAUAAACUGGCGACAAUCAUUUUUAUUUUACUGGUGUAGAAAUGUACAUAAUUUUCAGAUUGCUAUGGGAACAUUGCUCCCACGUUUAGUGUUAGGUAUCAGUGGAAAUAACAACGUGUUUUUUUAAGUAACAGUCGUGCAAAGCGUGUGUUUCAAUAACCUGUUUGUGUUAACAAAAUGCGACGAGACCGAUUUUUUCUUUCUUUCCCUCCUACGAAUUCCUCUUUGUCUAAAGACGGUCAAAUUCGUUAUUCAACAAGGACCACUGGCCACAUGAAGGGCACGUAAUGGUACCUUUAAAUUUGUCUAUUUUCAGGGUAUGCAAAGCCUUGGAAUUUCUGAGAGGUACAAAUUCUUAUCCAACUCUAUAAUUCUCAAAGUUCACCAAUUAUUGUGGAACUUGUAAUCGCAUGCUAAUGAUCUAUUUUUCUUGGUUAGAAGUGGAUAAGGAUAAAGUUCAUAUGUGGGGGAAACACACUUGUUGGAAGAAGGUUUUGUCGUGUCGUAUCGUUCGUAAAAUUGUGAAUGUGUGAACGCAACCAUACUACAGAGAACUGUGUUUCGUCCCCUAGUACGAUGUAUUGCCGAUGCUCCUACUUUUCAUAAUUCUAAAGUUAAUCAUCUUCAUAACUUCGAUAAAAUAUUAUCAGGUUAUGAGAUGAUAUGGAUAUUUUACUUGGUCUAUGCAAUAUGAUACAAUCGAGAAAUGAUUUUGGCAACGUAGUAUAAGUGCCACCGAAUAUUCAACCAUUAUGCUAUCUGAAUAGGCUUACACAUUUAACCGUCCUGUAAAAGAAUAGACUGACCUUUCAUAUAUCUUCCAAAUACAAAUUCAAAUGACAUGAAAUGCAGGAAGCAUGUAAUCCUUUCCAAUAGAAGUGAGUGACGUAACAAAUUACUACAAAUUUGUAACCAAAGAGGGCAGUCAAUUUUAAUUUUAUUUCAUUUUUAAUCACAACAACAUACAGUUUGUGUUCUUGUUUUAUGUCGUGUUCGUUCUGUUUGUGUUUUAUAUCUAGUCCAGUGUCUGUUUCUAUGGCUGGACAAUAAUAUAAACAAACAUUGUUUGAUAGACAGAACUUUGUAUAAAUAAUUACGGAUGAAAUGGUUGUUCUACUGGUGAAUGGUCUUGUUAACUGCCAAAGUUUUUAUCAUUGAAUGCAAAUCGAGAGGACUGUAUCGAAUCAUCCCACCGUAUGAAUGUGUCGAGUCACGUGACUUCCAAAAAUGGCGGCCGGUGUAUCGCAGUAUUUAUAUCAUAAACGCCAUACUACAAGAAAUUACAAAACAAAUCAGUCCUGAACAUUCACGAUAAUAUACUUCUUCAUUUAUUUAAUGAACCGUCAUUUAUUUAGCCAGUAAUUGUGUUUUUGAAAUCCCAUAGGUGGAAAAUAAUAAGCGUUUUAGCAUACGUACGUGUAUUUUAGUUUAAAAAAGCUACGUUUAAUGUUUUGUUAUUACCCAUGUUCUUAAGGCAAUUAUUUAAGGUCCUAACCACCGACCAAGAACAUUAGGUGAUCAUUCGAAUUCUCAAUGGUUGUUUAUGUUUACCUCCAUUUGAAUAAUGUUUUAUCAUAGGAAAUCAGGUGGCGACUCACAAAUAACUGACCGUAUAAAUAUAUAUGUCUUGCCUUUAAGUAUGGACUCCGACGAAAACCUUUAUUUUUUUUUGCAAUUCAAUUUAUUCCUUUAAAAUAAUUUUUAAAGAUAUUUUCUCAAGCCAUGAAGUUUCAACCACCUAGGAUUUUAGAUUGAAUCAGAUGACGGGUACACACCUAGUCAUAUCAUACGAAUGUUCUUGAUUUCUCAUUUUCUAUUUACAAUGUACAGUGAGAAUGUUCUAAAGAUAAAUGGACGUAGUGAAUUUAGAAAAAAGGACAAAAAAUACAUUUUUGCAGAUUUGUACGGUAUGAGAUUACGUGUUGAUGAGAGAGAAAAUGUUUUUACGUGUAGAUUAUUCAUAUGUUGUUCUCCAUUUAUUGAGUUGGAUUUUUUUUUCUCAAUAAAAAAAAAGAACUGUAGUUGCCAUAAAGCAGCAUAGAGUUCACACUUUGCGCUUGCUUCAAGCAUUAUUUUUCAUUUUCCGCACAUAGCCAAAGUCGCAACUUCCAUAUUCAGGUCUAAUUCGGGACAAAAGAUUUUCUUAAAUCAAGUGAUAGGAAUUUCCCCAUUUUCAACAUAAGAAUAAUCAAAACGAUAUCAUUUUGCACUCAUCUAUGCUCUCACUUUAGUCUUAUUUCAUUUCUAGUUCUACAUGUGGUCAACUCCUUUUGAAGGUGUUAUUAAUUUAAGGUGGUACAUUUUUAAAAGUUUAUGUUUUAAUAUGAUCUGUGCCAACUGAAUGCUCGAUGUCUGCACAAGCAUAUGCACAACAACGCCAAGACAUAUUCCACAAAGCUUAAUGUCAUUUCUCAGAUAUUUGUUAUUUAUAAAUCAACCCAAAACGUUUUUAAAGCAAGCGUUGUGGAGAGACGAUAAAUAACAUACAAAUCUAAAAUUGUUUUUAAUCCAUUACUUAAUGAUAAAAUGCCACGAAAUAAUUAUAUAUCGGUGCAUGAGCAUUGCGCCAUUGUUUGCCUGCCUCACCUUGUGUUUGCAUGUACUUUAAACAAUGCAAAAUAAGUUCAAUCGAUCAAAUUGUCUUUCGCAUAUGAUUUCAUCAGCAAUGUGGAUCAGAAAUUCUCUUUUGAAACAAAAUAAUAAUGGGAAGGUUUUAUGAAUUUAUUUCAACUAUUUGUCACGUUGAUCUUUUAUUUUUCUUCUUGGUUGAAAUAAGUAUUGCGUUUUACCAACUGCAAUAGUUUGUUCUUUUAUGCGCAAACUAUUACAUCAACCUAAUCAGUAUUCUACCUAUUGUAGUGAUUCGAUGGUCUUAUUUUGCUGAUCCCUCCACGAGCAAUGAAAUGUAUUGAAUGAUCAAGGACUGUGGCGGUAUCAGCGAAAUAAUUUGAAUGCGUCUGCUUUGUGUUCUGCUAAUUUUAAUAAUGCUCUUUCAUUUUGUUGGUUAACUUAAUAUCUUCGAUUGUUUGUGCUCUCAAGUUGUAUGUCUCUAAAUUUGAAGAAAAAAAUGGUGGAGUUGAUCAUAUUUGGGGGUCAUCAUUGAGUUUGCUUUUGUGAUGUCGGAGAGACACUCUGGUGAAUUUGGUGAUCGCCCGCCUGACUCUGUUGUAUUCAGAUGGCCAUAUGUGAGGUGCAUCAUUAUUAUUGUGUUGAGCGACAGAUAUGUCUAUUAGUUUGUAAACAUUUUCUGUAGAUUAUUAUGAGUUGAAACCUAUCUGAGGAAAGAUAUCGUAAAUAAAAGUUGAAAACCGAAA